GAUUUUUUUCAUUUUUAUUAAUCUUGGUUAUGUGAUUAGUGAUUUUUGUUCUUCAUUUUAUUUUGGGUUUUCCUUUCUGUUGUUUUUAGGGUUUUUGCUCUGCAAAUUUCGAUCAAAUUGCCUCCAUUUGAAUUAUUUUGUAAUUAUCUUAUCUAUAUUGGGUGGAAUUGGGCCUUUCCAUUCUCCAAAAUUUUUGUUAGGGAUUACAUUUUGCUUAAAUUUUGUGAGAUUAAAAAAAGAUUGGGACAUUUUCUGAUUUUAAAUUAUUUACACAGUUCCAAAGCACUGUGUGUUAAACACUGGAAUUUUGAUUCGGAUUGUAGUAAUUGCCGUACAAGUUUAAACUUUUGUGUGGAAUUGGUGCAACUUUUGGGGUUUGUGUGAUGUUAUUUUGAUUAGUUGUUGACUAAAAUUUGGUUCUUUUGAUUUGGGUUUGGUUAAUUGAAUAAAAUUGUGGUUUAUGAUAUUCAAUCAAUGGAAAAUGUGACUUUCACAAGCUCCAAACCUGUGUCAACCAUAGAGAUCUCAAUAUGCAUCUAAAAUUUGCUUCAGACACCGGUGGAAAAAUGUAUUUAACAUUUUACGUUCAUAUGCAUAGGCUCGACUUCUAAAAACGUGCAAAGCUGUGCUUCACAAGUUUACAAUGCCUGUCAAGUGCAGCACAUACAUUUGUGUUGUAUAAUUGUAUUUGAUAAGGAUAAUACUAUCACUGCACCUUAUUCCUUGAAACCUUGGCCUUCUUGAGUCUUCGUCGGAGCAUUGCAAAUCAGUUUUCCGACUCGAUAUCAUGGUGUUCGGUAAUUCGGCUGAACCUUGUUUCUCCAACUCUCUCUUGCAGUAGAACUACAUCUGCCAUCAAGCAGGCUCUUCGAGCUUCAGUCCGGGGGUGAGAAAAGAAAGCCAGCAAAGCUUCAUAGAGAGGAGGCAUGAGUUUCUUAUGAUGGUAAGUCUAUUCCUUCAUUUGGUUAAAGCAUAUUCAUUGUGGUGUAUUUGGCAAAACUCGAGACCCUUUUAUGCAUCUUUUGUUUCGAUUGGUUUGUUGGAUGUCAGCAUGUGGGACACUUGAGUUUGAUUACCUUUGUCUUUUCCGAUAUGAUAAUGCGAUGGUAAUUUAGGCUAUAAUGAUGAAUCUAUGCGUUUAAGAUUUUUUUUAUGACAGAUGUGUGAGGCAAUUACGAAAUAUCAAGAAGUACCCUCUCUACUAUGAUAUGGAUAACACACUCCUGCGGGAACUAGACAUCCCAAUAUUUUGCAAUUUGAUUACAAAUUAUCUACCAAAAGUACAUACCGCUAUCAAUUAUAUGAUAUUAUAUGGUCCACUAAAAUGUAUUAAACGUGUUAUGAAUAGAAACGCAUUCUAACAUGGAUUUAUUUUUAUAGUGGAAUUAUCUAUAGAAAAGUUCUCAAAGGUGGUUAAAGUGGAGACCAAUAUUUAGAACAUAGUGGACAAGUCUUUACAAGCUAAUCGUACCGGUAAUAGAAACCACCUCCUUUGUCUCUCUGCUUACAUGCUUUUUAACACGGAGAGAAAUUUAAUCUGUGUUUCAGAAUUAAUGGUCUUCUUGAUGUUCAACUGUAGGGAAAUGAUUCUUGAAAUUGUAUUUUGGAAUUGGUGAUCUUGAUUCAAAACAAAAGGACUAAUUUCCUUCUUACAUUUCACAUGCAUGUAAAUAGUAUCGCUAUAUAUAUAUAUAUAUGUAUGUAUUUACAAAUCUUACAUGUUCUAUACAACUUUGAAACUCACAGCAUAAGAUACCUCUGUUUUCUUUAUAUAUAUUUCCUAAAUAUUUUAAAGACCCGCGGCAAUGCCUGGUCACUUUUUCUAGUCUUACCUACUUUGCGUGAACCUUCCAAUACGGUAGAAAACUAGCUAGUGGGUCUCUACGUUUUACUUUCUGCUUUUUAUGAUAAUUCUAAUGUAAAACGUCAAUCUUUUUUUUUUUCCGUCAAGAACCAACGUGUAAGUUACUCGAGUAGUACAACACUUAUCACAUAUUUGUAUUAUUAUUUUUACCACUUUUUUAAUAGAAGUUGGUCCAUCAACACAUGUAGGUCUCAUCUCUAUUAAAGAGAUAAUACAAAUGUGGUAAGAUAAGCAUUUUUGACAGAGUUUAUUGAAACAAUAUUGUAUGAAAAAUUUGAUAAGAGUAGCAUUUUUGAAUUAAGAAUUAUUGCGAGUACAAAAGCUAUGUGUUGUGUUCACCAACGCGUCAACCACGGCAUGCACGCAGAAACCAGCCGUGCAACCCAAUUUGGACGCUAAAAUUGACUCCUUUCUUUUGCAGUGGGUAAUCAUUACUUAAUUGAACUUUUGCAGUGGGUACUAUUACCUAAGGUUAAAUAUCCAAAGUUUCCUUUUGCAGCCUCGCUACAAUGGAGUUCUCAAGUAUUCAUAUUAGCAUUUGGUUUAUUUUCAUCCAACCACUCUUUCUUCUCUUUCUUUUUGGCUCUACCUCCUCCUCGCGAUUAGCAGGGAAUGAGGUGGAUAGGCUUUCCUUGCUUGCCUUCAAAGCUGAAGUCGUGACCGAUAGCCUCGGCAUCCUUAGCUCUUGGAAUGAAUCCCUCCACAUCUGUCAUUGGCCAGGCAUUACUUGUGGCCGCAGACACCAAAGGGUUACAGUGCUCGACCUCCAAUCAAGCGGGCUGGCAGGCCACCUAUCUCCCCACAUUGGAAACUUGAGCUUUCUGAGGGUUUUAUACCUCCCGAACAAUAGCUUCAGCCACACCAUCCCUCCAGAAAUUGGUCGUUUGUUCCGCUUGGAAACACUAGUCCUUCAUAACAACUCCUUCGACGGUCAUAUUCCAUUCAACAUAUCACGUUGCUCUAACCUCCAAUACCUUGGCUUAUAUGGCAACACUCUUAGUGGCGAACUUCCAACUGAAAUUGCCUCAUUGUCCACGCUUCAGGUACUUAUUUUAGGCAAAAACAAUUUUCAUGGGAAAAUCCCACCUUCUUUUGGGAAUCUUUCUUCUCUUUCGUUGCUAUCUGUGGAAAAAAAUAAUCUGCAUGGAGGUAUUCCAAAUAGCCUUGGCCGGUUGAAAAGCUUAACGCAUUUUUCACUGGCUGCAAAUUAUUUGAAUGGUACCAUCCCUCCCUCCAUAUACAACCUCUCGUCAAUUGAAGUCAUUUAUAUGUUUAAAAACAACCUUCGUGGAACUCUUCCUCCUGGCUUGGGCCACACUAUAUUUCCAAACCUCGAAUCCCUUAUUUUUCAUAUCAACCGAUUCACUGGACCAAUACCAGCUUCAAUCUCCAAUGCCUCAAACCUUUCAGUAUUUUCUAUCUCAUCCAAUAAGUUUAUUGGGAAAGUGCCUAGUCUGGCACGCCUGUCAAAUUUGUAUAGGUUAACACUUCAGGAGAACAAUCUUGGAAAUAAUGAGGAAGGUGACUUGGAUUUCAUCCCUUCUCUAGUUAAUUGCACCAAUUUAGAAGCUUUAUCUUUUAGCUUCAAUAAUUUUGGGGGACUGCUGCCUGAAUCUAUCAGCAAUCUCUCAACAAAUCUCAGGCAAAUAAAUUUUCAUGACAAUCAGAUACGCGGAAACAUUCCCGCCGGGGUUGGAAAUCUUAUCAACUUGGGGAGACUAGCCUUUUCUACAAAUUUAUUGGCAGGCACCAUACCCAGUUCAAUAUGUAAACUGAAUAAGCUUUAUGCCCUAUUUCUAAAUUCGAAUGAAUUGUCAGGUAAUGUUCCAUCAUCUCUAGGAAAUCUCACUUCAUUAAGCAGCUUGGCUCUCAACUCAAACAAGUUAAAUGGAAGCAUACCACAAAGUCUUGGAAACUGCAGGUUUAUGAUAGAUUUGGAUCUUUCCCACAACAAUCUUAGCGGUCCAAUUCCAAAACAAGUCAUCAAUUUACCUGUUUACUUGAAUCUAUCUGGAAACCAACUUACUGAAUCCAUUCCCAUGGAAGUAGGCAACUCACAGCAUCUUGUUUUCUUGGAUGUUUCUGAAAACAAGUUAUCUGGUGAGAUUCCACAAGGCUUAGGGAGUUGCACAAGUUUGAUGACUCUCUCUCUGAGUGAAAAUUUAUUGCAAGGGACAAUUCCUAAAUCCUUGAGCUCUUUGAGAGGAAUUGAAGAUUUUGACCUUUCUCACAACAACUUGUCUGGUAUAAUUCCUAACUACUUGGGGAGUUUCCCAUUCUUGCAGAAUUUGAACCUUUCAUUUAACGAUUUUGAAGGUGCAGUACCAAUCCAAGGAGUUUUUAAGAAUGCAAGUGCAGUAUCUGUUGUGGGAAACACACGGCUUUGUGGAGGUAUAACUCACUUAAGAUUGCCUAAAUGCAUCUCCAAGCAAUCCAAGCGCGGGUUAUCUCCUAAGCUGAACUUAAUUAUCUCAGUUUCCUGUGGGGUUGUCGGCUUGGUCUUGGUGUUGUUACUUGCAUUUCUUUAUCGAUCAAGAAAGGCUAGAGCGCUUAAGUCAACUUCAAGAUCAUCACUGGGGGUUUCACUCUUGAAACUGUCCUAUGGAGAUCUCCUCAAAGCAACUGAUGGGUUCUCUGCUUCGCAUCUGAUUGGUUCUGGAAGCUUCGGGUCCGUGUACAAGGGAGUUCUCAAUGAGCAUGAAGAAAGAAUUGUUGCGGUGAAAGUACUCAAUCUUCAAACUUCAAGAGCUUCUAAAAGUUUCAUGUCUGAAUGUGAAGCCUUGAAAAGCAUUAGGCAUCGAAAUCUUGUCAAGCUACUGACUGCUUGUUCAAGCAUUGAUUUUCAAGGAAACGAUUUCAAAGCCUUGGUGUAUGAGUUCAUGGUGAAUGGAAGCCUAGAUGAGUGGCUGCACAUAUCAGCUCAAGGAGUAGAUAGGCCAGCCAAUCUGCCAAAGAAUCUGAAUCUCACUCAAAGAGUUAACAUUGCCAUCGAUGUAGCAUGUGCUUUGGAUUAUUUGCACAACCGCUGCCACAUGCCAAUAGUUCAUUGUGAUAUAAAGCCCAGCAACAUUUUGUUAGACAGUGACAUGACUGCUUGUGUUGGUGAUUUCGGUUUAGCAAGGUACAUCCGGGAUGCUUCUUGCCCAUCUCCUUUGCACGAUAGCAGUUCCAAUGUCAUAAACGGCACCAUAGGCUAUACUCCCCCAGAGUAUGGAAUGGGAGGCGAGGUGUCAACAUAUGGCGACGUGUAUAGCUACGGAAUGCUGUUGUUGGAGAUGUUAACUGGCAAGAGGCCAACAGAUAACAUGUUUAACGGUGGUAUGGACCUACACAAUUUUGUUAUGAUGGCUCUACCAGAACGUGUGAGUGAAAUAUGUGAUCCACUACUUGUUCAAAUAGAAGAAAGCAACAGCAGUACUAAUCCUAGAAGUAAUAGGGGGAAUCAUGCCCCAAAUGAUCGAAGAAAAAGGGUUGUGGAGUGCUUGACUUCCAUUGCAAGAGUAGGAGUUGCUUGUUCUGUAGCGAUGCCGAGGGAGCGAAAAGACAUGAGCAAUGUGGUAGCUGAAUUGAGUCUAAUAAGGGAUGUGCUAACUGGAACUAGGAUGCCUAGAGAGUAUCCAUGAUGACGAUCCAAGUAUAUUGGAUGACUUAAUGUUUGCUAUAUGACAUCCUCCAACGACCAAGAAAUAAAAUUAAUACAGACGCAAGUACAACAAUUUCAAAGCCCUGGUGUAUGAGUUCAUGGUGAAUGGAAGCCUAGAUGAGUGGCUGCACAUAUCAACUCAAGGAGUAGAUAGGCCAGCCAAUCUGCCAAAGAAUCUGAAUCUCACAUUGCCAUCGAUGUAGCGUGCGCUCUGGAUUAUUUGCACAAUUGCUUCCACGUGCCAAUAGUUCACUGUGAUAUCAGCAACAUUUUGUUAGAUAGUGACAUGAAUGCUUGUGUUGGUGAUUUCGGUUUAGCAAGGUACCUCCAGGAUGCUUCUUGCCCAUCUCCUUUGCACGAAAGCAGUUCCAAUGUCAUAAAAGGCACCAUAGGCUGUACUCCCCCAGGUAAAUUUUCUUUUAUAUAUAUUUUAUUUGCGCUUGCACCAUGGUUUUGUAUAUAGCAUGAGUUUUUUGAAGUCACACAUAAGAACAAAGCUAUGUUUUUGUGCAUAUAACUUAAGAGUAUGGAAUGGGAGGCGAGGUGUCAACAUAUGGCGACGUGUAUAGCUACGGAAUGCUGUUGUUGGAGAUGUUAACUGGCAAGAGGCCAACAGAUAACAUGUUUAACGGUGGUAUGGACCUACACAAUUUUGUUAUGAUGGCUCUACCAGAACGUGUGGGAGAAAUAUGUGAUCCAGUACUUGUACAAAUAGAAGAAAGUAGCAGCAGUACUAAUCCCAGAAGUAACAAGGGGAAUCAUGCGCCAAAUGAUUGAAGAAAAAGGGUUGUGGAGUGCUUGACUUCCAUUGUAAGAGUAGGAGUUGCUUGUUCUGUAGUGAUGCCGAGAGAGCGAAAAUACAUGAGCAAUGUGGUAGCUGAAUUGAGUCUAAUAAGGGAUGUGCUGACUGGAACUAGGAUGCCUAGAGAGAAUCCGUGAUCAAUGCCCAAGUAGCGAGCAAUAAUAGCCUGUUAUCAUUAGUGUAAAAAUGAGUUUGAAAACUUUGAGUUUUAAUGAUAAUGAUAAAAUAAAGGGUAAAGUAAAUAGUACCAUGAUUGAUUUUUUAGUGUAAAAAUGUGGUUUUUCGUUAAAGUGAACAGUACCGAGAGUUUUUCGUUAAAGUUCCCUUAAAAUAAAAUCCCAUGACAAUGCUUGAAUUUUGCACGGUGAUCUUUUGAAUGAUGACGAGGAGGACUGAAACAAGUGAAGUGGAUAUUCCCUUCUGCAAUUUCAUUUUGUAUGCUUUGUGAAUGAUCUUAAUUUGUAAGAUCAUCUUUAUGUUUGCUUGGAAAUUUGGAAUUUGUCAAUUUAAGGUUGGUUCAUGUUCUUAUAAUUAAAUUAUGCAAUUUUAAGUUA